AUCAUUACAGCACCAUAUCCUUCCGUCGGUAGUCGCUGUCUCGGCUGUGCCUGCUGCUCACACUGCUCAGUUCAAGAAGCUGCUUUUUAUAUGCUCCGUCUGUCCGUUUCGUUUUCAGGCUCCGUCUGUCCGUUUCGUUUUCGUUUUAAACAGAACACACCACACCUAGAAGUGUACCACAUGCAUUUGUUUAUGACUUACAGGCACGUCAGGUAACAUCAGCACACAUAAAAAUGCCCAGCAUAACAGUUUAGUAUGUAGCUAACGCCUAUAUGGCUACGAGCAGUACAGUGCCAUGGAAGUAGGCCUAAUAUCAGCAAAAGUAAUAAGACAUUUAACACAGCAGAAUGGCUCAGUCAUACAGCCAUGUUAUCGUAUUGUGAUCAAAGAGUAAGUGUAAUUAGCUAGCUAACGAUAAUUUUUUAGCAGUAUUUUAAUUAAUUUUUGUAGCUCGUUUAUAAGUUAACAUGUUUAGUAUGUAAAACCAACUAUCUACGUUUUUAUUUUUUAUUUACAAAUAAAAAAAUACAUGUACUAUAGGCUAUAUUAGAUAUUAACACAGCCGGGGAGAGAUCGGAGGGUACGCCUCCUCCUCUUCGACUCCCAUCAUCGCCAUCAUUUUGACCUACGUCAUCAUCAGUCAGUCUGAGCAGGGAGGCUAGCUAAAGCUAAAGCUUGUAUCCUAUUUAUUAGUCGCUUUUGUCAAUGUAAACAUGUAGCCGUUCCACGGGUGUAACCAUAUUGCUAUUAAGCGGCGUUUCCUAAUUGUUAACCAGUUUGUCAAUAGUACGAAUAAUGAUGGCUGUGUCGCCGAAAAUAGCAGGGCUGUGUAACGGUAGUGUUAGUAUGACAACUAGCUAACACUGAAUAGCUAGCUAGCUAACUAUCGGGCCGUGUUUGUAUGAGGCUGGCCUUGCAGCUUCCAGUUGACAGCCAUGAAGGGCUAACUCGAGGUUGGCCAAGCAAAGGAGGAUGGCAAGUAAUGCAAAUUAGCAAGGACACAUCAAGAAGUGGAGAAACAAUGAAUACAUCUAGAAGUACUGGUGCCUCGUCACCUGUAAAUGGUAAACAAGUGAACGACUGGGAUACCAGACGGAAGAGGAAAAUUGCGGACAUCAAACAGGCCCUUAGUGCGAGUCCAGUGGAUGUGGCUGCUUUGAGGAGGAUGGCUAUCAGUGAAGGAGGUCUGCUGACUGAUGAGAUACGCUGUCAAGUCUGGCCUCGGCUUCUCAACGUCCCUCCUCACGUCUUGGAACAAGAGCCAGAAACGGUAGAACGGGAGAAUAACAAAGACUAUAACCAGGUGCUGCUGGAUGUCCAGCGGUCGCUGCGGAGGUUUCCACCUGGUAUGCCAGAUGAGCAGAGGGAGGGUCUCCAGGAAGAACUAAUUGACAUCAUCCUCCUAGUUCUGAAACGCAAUCCCCAGCUGCACUACUACCAAGGAUACCAUGACAUUGUUGUCACCUUCUUAUUGGUCCUAGGAGAGCGCCUUGCAACUGCUCUUGUGGAAAAGCUCUCCACCCACCACCUCAGGGACUUCAUGGAUCCUACCAUGGACAACACAAAACACAUUCUGAACUAUUUGAUGCCCAUCAUUGACAGGGUCAACCCUGAGGUGCAUGACUUCAUGCAACAGGCUGAGGUGGGGACAGUCUUCGCCCUCAGUUGGCUGAUCACCUGGUUUGGCCACGUCCUGUCAGACUUCCGCCAUGUUGUCCGGUUGUAUGACUUCUUCCUGGCCUGCCAUCCAUUGAUGCCCAUCUACUUUGCUGCUGUGAUCGUACUGUACAGAGAAGAGGAGGUGUUGGAGUGUGAAUGCGAUAUGGCCAUGGUUCAUCACCUGCUGUCUCAGAUUCCCCAGGAUCUGCCAUAUGAGACACUCAUCAGCCGAGCAGGAGACCUCUUUGUCCAGUUCCCUCCCUCUGAACUGGCCAGAGAGGCUGCCUCACAUGACAGCAUGGCAGCCUCUACCUUCAAAGACUUUGACCUUGCGUCCACUCAACAGCGACCAGACUCUGUUCUCCGUCGCCGACGCAGACAGAAGCAGGCUGCACUUGACAGCUCAGCAGCGAACGCAGUAGUGGCGGUAGCCCGACCUUCAGCGGCACGGCGGCUUGUUCGCCUGGCUGUCAUGGGUCUCACGGUGGCUUUAGGGGCUGCAGCUCUCGCUGUGGUCAACACUGCCUUGGAGUGGGCCCCCAAACUAGACUUGUUUCCUUGAACGGCUCCUCUUUUACCCCUAUGCUCCAACUGUAUCUGUCCUUGACAAGUUCUAACUGGUUGGUCUGUUUCCAAGAAAACUCUAAUUUAUGGAACCACAAACGAUGCAGUCGAUAACACUGUCUGGAGUUUACCCUCUAAACUGAAGUUAACGCUCCUCUUUCGUCUUCUAGGAUGUGUCUUAACAUACUAUGUAGGGCUUCUCAGGCUCCAGCUGAAGGUCCUUUUUAUGACUCCUGGAGAGCCUGCACCAGUAUAACAACAACUACUGCUGGUUUGUGAAAUGAAGAAUCCACCCUGUUAUAAUGAAGAGACUUUUUCUAAGAACUAUUACUGAUGGGGUCAUUGUUAGUCUAUUUAUAUUUGGUAUUAGGAUAAUCUGAUAUUGAGUUAUGCUUACAGAGAUGUAUGCUGAAAGCUUGGUGGACUCACUACACUUGAAACUGCUGCCAAUUAAGAGAGCUGGAGUGAAUGAAUGAGUUUGUGUGCGUACGUGUGCGUGUGCGCGCGGUUGGUCGCAACCCAUUUGUUGUUUAUUUGAUACCUGGACUGAGACCAAAUAGAGGAUUGUUAGAGUCCUCUCUAUAAUUUUCAGCUUCUUAAUUUAUAGGUAUGUAAGCCGCGGUAUAGAGAUAUGGUCAUGACACACAGGCACCAUUGUAUUAUGUUUUAGGUCAUUUUGUCACUUUUUUAAGAAGUUCAAAUAAGCCUUUUUAGUCAAGAAACAAAUCUUCCUCUCUGGGACAGCGUAUCUGUAAAACAUGUCAACAGUUUUCACCAUACACAUUUUAAUUCUGGCUCAUGGUUGGAGUCAGCAAAACUAUCUGCAAGAAGUUUUAAACAAAAUGUGAUUAGUGUAAUCAAAGUAAAUAUUGUAUCUCAAGUCCUCCAUAGGAAUAGACCUCUAAAAUGGAGUACAGCUUUGAUAGUCCAGGAAGUAAAAAAAAUCUACCAAUAUCAAUGUUUGUUUUACUAGAACUUUCUAAUUAUUCAGUCACCUAACUGUUUGGUUGCAAAAUGGGUCUGUGUUUCAUGGCCUGUAAUGAUUAGGGUAUGCUUUCUGCGUCACUUUAUAUGGAGUAGAUGAUUAAAUCUCUCCUUACGGUUUAGCAACACACUCACUCACUCACUCAAUGCCUCGUAACAUAAAAUAUCAGAGCUGGUAUAAACAGCAGGUAAAAUGAAUUGGAGAAUGUGGUCUUAGGGUUGGCACCGUGGGGACCCAGUUUGCACUGACUGCAUUAGCUUUGCAAAAUCACUUUAAAAUCAGAUUGAUAGGUGCUUUUUUCACUGUAAGGGUGCUCCUGUUGGGGGGGGGGGGGAACACCCGAGCCUUCAAAUGAAUGCUAUCCAAGGGUUUUUUGUUUUAAACCUAAAUUUAGCUUUAACACAUGCUAUUUUAGUAAGUUGGAUUGCUUUGAGUGUAGCAUUUGCAUUUCAGAGGCAGUCCAGCUCAUUCCAAUGUUCCAGUCAUUUUCAUUUGAUCACAUAUUUAAAGUAGUGGGGGAUUGCUUAGGUUUCAGUCAUUCUAAGAUAGUGAAUUGGGUUGUCUGUAGUCUUUAUGAUGUAUUUUACUUAACAGAAAAUCUUCUGAAUUAUUGACUAGGUCACCUGCAUUGUACGGCACAACAGCUAGUCAGUUUGCUGUAUUAGGAACUAAAUUCUUGGGCAUCAUCCUAUAUCAUGGCUGAUUGGUUUAUUGCCUUUAUAGUGAACCACUGGUGCAGCUGGUAGGGAAUCUAACAAAAUUCAUCAAAAUGAAGGUGACCUGGAACAUAUCUAAGGACGCUCUGAGAGUGUAGCUGAUCAGCAGUAUUGUUAUGCACCAUGUAUCUGCACUUGGUGGUUUUCGUUUGUCAAUGCACUAAAUGAUUUACCUGCCUUUUUAUGUUUAUUUUGUUAUAAUGAAACUGUCUCACUAAUGUAAAGUUGUACAAGAGAAUGCUAAUAAAUUAGAGUGAAAAUGUUCCAAUGUA